UAAGAAAUAUUUCUUUAUUCAUAUUAUUGAUAUAAAUUCGAGCAAAAUAAAGACGUUGAACGAUGAAUAAAGAUAGGGGUACACUUUUUCUAAAUAAAUAAGAAUAAUCGGAUAUUUUCAGCCUACAAAGCAAUUAACUGUGAAAUAAAUUAAUGUUAUUUGCUCGUAACGUGGAAAGUACAGAGUCAAAUCAAGCAUCGCUAACGCGGCAAUCCCGAUAAAAAGCCAAUCAAUUUGUAGACGGCUGAAUAACAGUAGAACGUUUAUUACAAAACAGCCGGUAAUACGAAAAUAUUAUUUUCACCGUUCACCGAACUUCUUUCUGCAACAAUAGUUUCUAGCUUUCGUUCCCGAUUCAGUAUUGGUUCAGAAGUUAUUUCAAUUAACGAACGGGAAAGAUAUAUGAAUUAAAUUUAAAUCGAAAUUUUCCAAACAGCCGGAUAAAUUCCUUUCUUCGAAUUUUAAAUUUUAAAUCAUAAAUUUUAUUACCAUCGAGCAUAUCUAAAUGAAAAGAUCGAUAGAGUGUUCCAAUUAAAGAAAGGAUUGACAAUUUUAUAAAUGCAUUAGAUUGUAUCAAUAAUAAAUUCAAACUGUAUCCUGAUCUCUUAAAUAUUCUAGAAUCUAUUGCACAUUGAAAUUGAAUAUAAUAAACGUAUGAAAUUAGUUCAUCAAAAUGAAACUUGUUUCAAUGGUAUUGCUGAUCGAUUCGACUAUUACCUGAAUUUCCUUUACCUUCAUUUUCUCUUGUUAUUACCAUUUUACGUACCACGAAUUGAAAAUGAAGGUAAUGAGGGAAUGAAUUUCAGUAUAAAUUUAAAGUGUUCGGUCAGAUAUGUUCGAUUACAUUGAUCGCGAGAUAAAGAGAUCAACCGUGUCGAAGAAUUUCUUAAAAGGAGGCAUAAUCGUUCUAUCUAUUUUGCGGUCGAUGAACAACAAAAGUAUGUUCCUGUUAAUAAAUACAAUUUCAUUUAUUUUCUUCUAUCUCACUGUUAGUUUUACGAUCGUGUAUCGAUGAAUCGACUCGAGAUAAAAAUUAUUAAAUAUAACAAUAUUUGUGGCCACAAAUAUUUAAUCUAAAAUCCAGAUUUCCCUGGAAAAUCAUUGGAUCAUUACGAAAAGACACAUUGUCUACAAAAAAUGGAAGCGAGAAACAUAAUGUUUACAUGGAGAUAUUUCGCCUGUUAAGUUUGAGCAACCGAUUUCGAGCAGGUUGCAUAACGGCGUUGGAUCGAUCGAAAUCGACGAAUCGCCAAGCGGGUUAAGGAGACGUUACUUUCGCAACUUUCCUAAAGAAGCAGGAACCACUGCUUCCUUAAUAUCGAUUAUUCCCCGUUCGAUAUAUAAUCCGGGAGUGAUGGCCGGAUUAAUCAUACCGAGCACAGCGUCCGAGUCGAACGUUCCGAUAUCACCAUCGAUCGAAUCCCUACCUACCACCCUGCCCCCACCACCAUGAAGUCUCGACUCGCGAUUUCUCUACUGUUGGCGUUUGUCUUCUGUCAGUUCGGCUCGAUCGUUGCACGAGAGAUCGAUAAGAGAUCGUACGAUGACCUAGCUGCGGCGGCGACUCAUCAGCAUCAUCAUCACGAGGAGGGCGGUGGCGAGGAGCACCACUCCGAUCAUCACAGCAAGCACGGUGGCCACGGUGACAAGGGUUACAAAUCGUCUCAUCAUCACGAGAAAGGGGAGAAGGGACACCACGACAAGGAUCAUCACAGCGGUCAUUACGACGAGGACGAGGGUCACAAGAAGAGCCAUCAUCACGAAGAUGGUUAUUACGGGGAGCAUCAUAAGGGGGAGAAGGGGGAGAAGGGUCACAAAUUCCACGAGGAGGGGCAUUAUGGGAAGGGGCACAAGACGAAGGGGCAUCACGAGGUUCACAAGUUGGACGAGUUCAAGAAAGACAAGGAAUUCUUCGAUGAACACCACGAUUCUGGACACCACGAGGAUCACGGUGGCCAUCAUCACGAACACGGACACAAGAAGGGUGGACAUUUCAAGAAAGGGCAUCACGAUCACGGGGAGCACGAGGAUCAUUAUGGGAAGAAGGGACACUUUGAGAAGGGACAUCAUCAUCACGAUGAUAAGGGGCAUAAGAGCGAAGGUGGACACGAGGAGCAUCAUUCUCAUCAUUCCCAUCAUGGGAAGAAAGGGGGACACGAUGAUCACAAGUCAUGGGGAUUUAAGAAAGGGCAUUGAGGAUGAUUUUUAUCGAUUGUUAUGUUUGUUGAACACUGUUGAGAGUUGAUCUUUGUAUCUGAUCGAAAAUAAAUGUAUUUUUGGAAACAAUUUUUUUAUGUUUCCUUCUUUUGUUUGUUGUUCGGUAUUUUCGAAUCAAAUAUUUUGUAACAAAAUUAAAUAUUAUAUAAGCAAAAUAUAAACUAAAUGUUAUGAUAUCUGAAUCUUUCA